AUGCUGACGGGCUCUACAAGAGAGGACUCAAAACUUGGUGAUUUUGGUUUAGCGAGAGAGUUUCUUGCGUUGAAAAGAGUAGAAACACUGUGGGCUUCAAACUGUGGGUUGGCGCAAUAUUACAUGCAGUCAGGGACCGGCCCUGCUCAUUGGAUGGCUCCUGAGGUGUUCACUUGUCACUAUACGGAGAAAGCAGACAUCUUCUCCCUCGGUAUUCUAUUCAACGCAAUCCUUGUGCGAGACUUCGCUUACUCGGCUAGCGAGAGGCGAUGGUACGGCACAUUCAUGAAGAUUUCUGGCGGGGUAAAACUUGGCCUCGGGUAUGCGGUGGCAAUACUCGGCCCAGCGGCCAUGACCGAGUUCGUUCAUGAUCACAAGCUGAGCGAGGAGAAUGGAUUCCGAGGUUUGAUAAUAGAUACUCUGAAUUAUAUCCAGCAGGAAAGACUCAGAGCCGAAGAAAUUUACUACAGAAUU